AUGGUGGUCCUUUCACGAACCGCACUUUGCUUGCUGCCGAUGUCACUCGUGGUGGUUGCCUACCGGCCGCCGCCGAGACCCCGAGCCAAGUCGUCGAGAGACAAGGGCCUCUCCGAGAGGCAGCGGCUGCAGAGUCCUGGAGUGAUCUACGCUGCUGUGAAUCAGACGGCCUCCAUCUCCUCGUCUUUGCGAAAUCUCCUUCCCGCUUGGAGCGGCGAGUCCUUAGCGGAGCUCCUGGCCUUGGGUGCCGUGUAUUACAUGCCCCCGGAGGGAUACCGUUUCGAGCGGCUGGGCAGCACGCUGCUUCCGGUGCAAUGUGAUCAGAGGCAAUUGGUACAGGAGACGAUGGUCGAGCGUGGUGGGGAGCUGCGGGUGCAUACUGAGCCAAAGCGAUAUCGCAGAUGCUCUGCGGAAGGCUGCGAUUGGGCCGACCGUUUGCUGUAUGUCAGCCCGGAAUAUGUUGUCGUGGACAAGCCUGCCGGCGUGCCCUGCGCACCUCACGUUAGUAAUGGUCGAGACUUGUACCAACAGGCUGCGGAGCGAUUCAGAAAGCUGCUCUGUGACGGACAAGUGACGAAGCGCUAUCGAGCCGUCGUUAAAUCGGGCGUGAAGGCGAAGGUGGACGGGUUGUUGGAGCACUGGCUCUCGGAUGCAGUCUUUGGCAGGCCUGCGCCGCGCCUUGUUGCUCCUUUGAGUGCUCCGGUGCAAGACAGCCGGCACAAGUGGAGGAAGGCCCGGACGACAAUUCUGUCAACAACAUCGGUAGAGGAUGGGUCGCAGGAGAUGCUUCUGGAUCUUCACACUGGCAGGACUCACCAGAUUCGUGCUCAGCUCGCAGCAAUCGGUGCGCCUGUUGUCAACGACGGCCUUUACAGCCCUAUGACCAAUUUCCUUUGGCGUGGACCCUGCGAUGACGAGGCAGAUGCCGUUCCAGGUUACCUUGACGACGAACUCGACCAAGGUGCCGCCGAGCGCCCGGAACUCGGUGGUGCCUCUUUGCAGCCUGGUCCGUGGCAUGGUGCCGAGCGACAAGAAGGCAAGGGGCCAAGCAUAGGUUUCAAGACCGAAAGCACCAUCGUGGCGGUUUUCUGUCCGGAAAGGGGCAUCAGAGCGGAGACGCUGAGGACCUUCUUCGCUCAGCAAAGCUGGCUGGACCAGAGGCUGGCCAAGAAAAAGGAGCAGCAGCGGCAGAAGCGCGAGGAGGAGAAAAGCCGAAUAGGUCGAUUUGCCUCCUGGUUCGGGUGGAAGAAGGAGGUGAUUGAAGAAGCCUGGUGCCGAGUCAAGCCUGGCCUGCUAUCGCCCUUCGUCUCUCUCCAUACCUCCCCAAGCCCCAAAAUCUGUAUACCGAAAAUAGGGGGCCCUAAUAUAGUACCCUGGAUAGUAGGAUCCUGA